AACACCUUUAAGACAACAAGAUAGACAAGCAGGCCAGAAAGACAACAGACGCAAUCAAGAUGAUGAUGAUGAUGAAGAAGAACCCCAUCAUUCUGGUGACCUGUGUCUUGCUUUCCUCAUCACUCGCUGUCCCGGAAAUUCUUUAUGACUGCUGUUUACAGUUCUUCUCCACAAGGUUGCCUAAGAACAGUGUGGUGAGCUACAAAUAUACAGAGAAGGGGUGUCUACAUAAAGCCGUGCUUUUUACGAUGAGGAAUGGUGCCAAAAUCUGUGUCAACCCAUCUGAGAAGUGGGUCAAGAACAUCAUCAAGACCAAACACUGGAUCCAAAAAGUGAACAGCUCUGGAUCCAAACAGUCCGACCUACCCAAUGUAUGUUUUAUCACUACACUCUGAAGCUCACUUAGCCAAGCAGAAGUGGAAGUGUAGUGGUUACCUGCUGUACCAUUUUUUAUGUUUUUCAGUUAGCUUAAAAAUAAAUGCAAAAU